AUGAAAUCAUUCCAAGCCUAUCUUGCCGAAGACAACCACAACCAUCUCGACUUCGAGAAACAAUACACAUGUUUUGCGGCCUAUCUUGGCAGACAAAGGCAAAGUGGUGAUAAGUCUGCUCUGCAGUAUGUCAUCAAUCUCAAGCAACUAAGACACGAAUACGACGAGCAUUUACUACAAAUCACAGCCAGUAUUUCAUGCACUUCGGCCAGUAGCAUCGUGAACAAUUCCGUUGAGCAGUAUGCGUCAGAUACGAUUGAAAAAAUCAGACAUAACACGGUUGGUUCAACGAUAACAGCUACAUUGUCCGAUUUUGAGGGGAGGAUCCUAGACUCGGAAGAUGAGGUCACCAAUGGAGGAGCUGCUAUCAACGUUUUGGACGACCACGAGGAGGCGUCUGGUGAUAAAAGGGCAGAAGCGUAUGGACGACCUUCCAGUAACAUUUUCGAUGGACGGCCUUCCGGUAACAUUUUCGACGGACCAGUAGCAGCAGCAGAAACUGGAGAUAUGUCCUGGAUUCAACAACUACCCGCAUUCACAUUCAGUCUCCCGCUGACCAAAGACUGGGGACCUCAGGUGACAGACACCUACAACAAGAUCAAGAAGACGAAGUCUUUGAACUACAAGCAAGUUGAUGAGAUUGCUCUACUCUCUGGUAUCCUGCAUUUCGAUGAAAAGCAUGCUGGCUUCGAAGCCGCCGAGAUGUCAGCUAUCACCAAGGAUAUCCUCCAUCGAUUCUAUACCAGGGAUCUUCAAGAGAAAGAUUUAAAGCGGUCCAUCGAAGCAGCGGCUCUCUGGGGGACCUGGGUGCAGCUUGAAAGCGAGAGUGAUGCCAUGUCGUCAGUAAUCGUGCCGAUUUUACGCGAGUUUAUGCACGUUCAAGGCCAUAUUCAAUUCAAAUGUCUUAACUCUGCAUCGACUGCGGGCGAGAACAGGAAAGCUGCCUUGGAUCAGGAUGGGCAAGCUAGACAGCCAGACAUCGUGGGCCGCACGGAGGAAGGUCAUGAGGCAUAUUACGGAGAGCUAAAGGGCAUGCACCCCUCGACACCAUCCAGGAACGCCGAUACUCUCCGGAUUGCGAUCUUUACCAAAGAUAGUCUUGAUGAACUUCUUCGGGUCCUGGAAGAGGAUCUGCCACUCAUAAGCUUCCGAUCGGUCGGCCCUGACAUUCAGUCAUUAGUCCUGAUUACCAGCACGCGCUUGAAGCAAAAGCGACGGGAGCCUAUGGGAGACAACAAUCCGUUCCCGACACUGGCCACACCUCUUCGAAACGUGGCACUGGGUAUUCAGUCCAAGGCGAAGGUGGUUAAACGCAAGGGUAAACAGACCAUGGAGUUGAAGGAAGCCAAGCGCAGCAAGGAAACAAUGGAGGCUUGA